GGAAGCAAGGUCGAGGGGGAUAAACCCCACAGGAAAGAAAAGAUGCCCGCAAGAAAGCUGUGUUCGCGAUUCAAAGGGAAGCUGAGAAACGUGUCUAUUCACCUGCUUUCAAGCCGUCUCCAUGCUCUUGAUUUACCAGAUAAGUAUUCUCUGUCACUAGUCUCCCUCGGGGCUUCCGAAGAAUUUAAACAGGGAAGAGAUAUCAAAAUACUCUGCUAAGGCAGCCCUGAGUGAAUAUAACAUUACAGCCUGCUCAACUGGACUGUAUCUCAGUAGAUAGAAAUCUGGCCAGUUGGAUAACUAUCUCCAGACAGACUGCUGUGGGGGUGGCUAGGGAAAGUGGAGGCAGACUUGAGGAGAAAGGAUUUGGGUCAGGUCUGUCCCUAACUGAUAGCGGGACACAAGUAACUUCCCGAAUUUGACAACAAUGAUGGCUACCUUAUGAGCGAUUGUCCCGGAGAUUUGCAAGGCUUGUUUGGUGACCGUCUGCAGACGUUGAAUGGAAGCACGAAAAUGAUGAAGCACAAAGUUGGGAGAAAAUAGUUGCAGAGCAACAGGACACUUGUGUGACUCCUCUGGCCCUGGAUUACAAAAUAUUUUGUACCCUUUUUGUUUUGUGUUUGGAAAGCUUCCUGGUUGUUGUCUGAAAUAUCUAUAUUUUUAUACUCACUCUUCUGAAGUUACGACACACUUAAGGAAGGUUAUGUGUUGGGAAUGGCCAGAUUAGCGAUCAAGAUACAACGGUGUUUCCGCAGGAAGCCAUUGCGAUUCUUCACCUUUAUUAUGGUUUACCUGAUGGCUGGAAGCCUGGUGUUUCUGCACUCAGGCUUUGUGGGAGACAGCGCCAUCGCUGGGAGGGCCUCACACCGCGGAGAGGGGGCAGCUCACGGAGCCCUGGGCGCCCCUCGUGGUCUCCAGCAGUUCUCCUUCCUGCCCUUCGGGAGGGCGUACAAGGAGACGCUGGAGAAGGAACAGUGGCCAGAGGAGCCACCAGCCCUGCCCAGGAGAUACGGACCUCCGUGGCUGAAACCAGUCUCACAGGACGCCCUGGACAAGUUGAGAUCUGGAGAGCACAUAGGGAGUUGGAGCCGGGCCCUCAAGGGGAAAAUGUCAAGGGACCAGGAGGAGAACAGAGCAAAAUAUAUUGGCUGUUAUCUCGACAGCACCAAGCAGAGGGCAUUAAGGGGAACAGCGUUCUUUGACUACAGGAAGAUGACCAUAUUUCGUUGUCAGGACAACUGUGCUGAAAGGGGCUAUCAGUACGCAGGCUUGGAGUUUGGAGCCGAAUGUUACUGCGGACACAAGAUCCAGGCCAAGAACACCAGUGACUCCGAGUGCAGCAUGGAGUGCAAGGGAGAAAAGAGCAGUAUGUGUGGUGGACCAAACCGUCUGUCUGUCUACCAUCUGGAGCUGAGCCAUGAAUCUGCUAGACGCUAUGGGAGUGCCUUGUUCCGAGGAUGUUUUAAAAGACCUGACAAUGUUUCCCUUGCCCUACCCACGAGCACCAUCCUGCUGAACAUGUCCGUGGAUAAGUGUGUGGACUACUGCACUGAGAAGGAGUAUACCCUGGCGGUACUGGGUGGGGCAGCAUGUCGCUGUGGCUUUCCUACCAUGCAUUUCACAUUGCAUGACCCAGAGGACGAGCACCUAUGUGCCCAGAAAUGCGCCGGUGAAGAAUAUGAGCACUGCGGCAGUGCAGAAUACUAUGUUGUUUAUCAAACCCAAGUGCAAGAUAACCGUUGCAUGGAUAGAAGGUUUCUGCCCGUACGCUCGAAGCGCCUUGUGGCGUUGGCCAGCUUCCCAGGAGCGGGAAACACGUGGGGCCGCCAUCUGAUGGAACUCACCACAGGCUACUACACGGGCAGCUAUUACUUUGAUGGCUCACUCUACAACAAAGGCUUCAAGGGGGAACGAGACCACUGGAAAAGUGGGCGGCUGAUUUGUAUAAAGACACACGAGAGUGGCAAGAAGGAAAUCGAGUCGUUCGAUGCCGCAAUCCUUCUCAUCCGGAACCCUUACAAAGCACUGAUGGCUGAAUUUAACCGCAAAUACGGAGGCCACAUUGGCUUUGCCUCUGAGGCCCACUGGAAGGGGAAAGAGUGGCCUGAGUUCGUGAGGAACUACGCUCCUUGGUGGGCGUCCCACACUCUCGACUGGUUAAAGUAUGGCAGGGAAGUCCUUGUGGUCCACUAUGAAGAUCUGAAGCACGAUCUGUUCAACCAGCUGAAAAAAAUGGUGUCCAUCCUGGGCCUCAGUGUCUCUGAUGACAGGCUGCUCUGUGUGGAGAGCCAAAAGGAUGGGAACUUCAAACGUUCCGGCCUAAGGAAACUGGAAUAUGAUCCCUACACUCCUGAGAUGAGAAAAAUGAUUGACCUUUUUGUCAAGACUGUUGACGUGGCCCUCAAACUGAGAAACCUAACCGGUGUCCCUGAGGAUUACGCUCCCAGAUGAUUUUGUUGGUAAAUGCUUUUGGGACAUGGCUGUGUUUCCCUCCCUUUCCCCAGCCAGUGCUCCUUCCCACCCAUUGGGUGGCUUUUUUUAGUAUUCUGCAGCUAUUAGCUUUCUAAGUGCUUCGAGCAUCUAGAGUAAAGGUCACCAGAUGCAGCUGGGGCAGGGGGUCAGUAGAUAUGCCAGGAAGCAACCUUUAGAGUCACUAAGGUCAAUGGCUAUCUGGAGUUUGCCACGAUGUGAAAGGAGGUAUCAGUGUGGCCUUUGGGCUUUGUGGCAUGCAGGAGCUGGACUUUGCCCCUUUGCUACUGCUUUUAGUGCUGUGCUUCGAUUGUCAAAUCUGGGGCUGAGAUGCAGAGAAAAGAGGAACCUGUAAGUGGUUGGAAUGAAUAUGGAGAGGAACCAGCCAGGAGCUGGCCUGUUCUGCGCAGAGGUGUGGGGAGAGAAGGGGCAAGCUAAGAGGAAGCACAUACGUAUUAAUUUCAACUGUUAACUAACACCCACCCAACUGGAUAACACUAAAAUGAGCAGCCAGUAGUUUAUCAGAAUGCCAACCUAUUCUGCUUUGAGAACACAGUCACUGCCUUUCUCUUUCACACCUUCCUCAAAACUCUGAAUUGGUUUUGGGCUGUUGUUUAGAGUUCAGGCCUGCCGAAUCCAUUUGGUAAGAACAUCUGGUGUGGUCAACAUACUUAAUGCAAUUGGACAACACAGCCUGUUCCUGGUCCUUAACCACUUCUGUCCUCCACUGUCUACCAAACCGUGGCGACUCAUAUUAGAAUGAAAUAAGUGUAUUUUAUAAACACAGCAGCAGAUCUUACCUCACAAACAUGAUUCAGAACCUUUGUUUGUGGAGGCUUGUCAAUUGUUCAAUCGUUUGCAAUCCAAUUUGCAAAGGGUGGAUCAGUGGCAAAGAACAAGGUUCUCUUGAACCAGGACGUACUUCCCAAUGAGAACACUGAGAGUGAAACCAAAAGUUUUAGGAAACAGGGAAAUAGAGUGAUUAAUCCUCGCCUGUGAUUAACCAUAUCCAGAGCGAGAGAGAGAGAGAGAAAGCAGGAGAGAGAGGGAGAGAGAGCUUUGGUAUAAUUGGGGUCAAUGACUUACAUUAGCUAAGUCAAUAAAGCACUCAUUUCCAUUUAAUUUUCUUUGAGAAGCUAAAUUAGUGGUUUAGGAAAGUAAUUAAAUUAAAAAUAUAUAAAUUGCAGAUAAAUUGAAAUGAUACAAUCGACCAGAUGGACUCCUGCUGUGCUAUAAAUUUUUAGUUAAAAAUUCUCUAAUUAAUUCAUUUGAGAAUCAUCAAUGAAUAGUUCGUGUUAUAGUAUAUUUUGGUUUGCAGAAUAAAUGGCUUAGCGUCACCAAGCUGUGUAUUGGAAUUAGCCUUCCCAACACCUGGCUUAACCUAUCACCUCUUCCUAACCAGCAGCUUGCUCAGGAACGGUCCAGGUUUGCACUGAGUACCUGCUAAUUGAUGCCUUGUGCUUUGAACCAUAACAGCAAACAUUCAGAUUAGUUUAUUGUCACAUACACCAGGGUGCAAUGACAUUCCCUGCUCGCGUAAAGCUCACAGAGUAACCAGUACAUAUGGUAAUAAUAAAUACAACAAUAGGCACAGCAACGAGCACAAAACAAUGAAAUGGUGCAAAGUAUAGUGUGCAGACUGUAAUGCAAAAAAUGCUAAAGUGACAAUAACGGAAGAGGUAGAAUUAAGGGUUCAAGAACGUGCAGCACCACCGGGAAGGUGAUGUGAAAGAGGUGAAUGGUUCAGAAGUUUGAUAGCAGUGGGGAAGAAACUAUUCUUGACUCUGGAUGUCCGGGCUUUCAAGCUCCUGUUUCUUUUCCCAGAAGGCAAAAGAGAGAAAAGGGAAUGGCCAAGGCAGAAGGCAUCCUUGACAAUACUAUUAGCCUUCCUGAUCCAACGUACCAUGACAUUAAUUUCUUCGACUUCAAUCCUAGACGUUAACUCUGCUCAUCCCUCUGCAGAUGCUACCUGACUGAAUAGAUAUUUUGUUUGUAAUCUAAACACCCCGUAUACCAUGACUCUUUUAAAUACCUUCCCAUGGCUCUUGAUGCUAGAUGCACGUCAAUGUCAAAUGCAAACUUGUUGAAAAUAUCCAUUGAAUAACUAUUGAUAGUGAUUGGUUUGCGAUAGGAAUGCAACAGCAAAGGAGUAAGUGGACCUCAUCGGCUCCUCAACCACAUUGUACCAUUCAGUGAGAAGUUGGCUCAUCUGUGACCCAACUCCACAUGCCUGCCUCUUCCGUACAUCCCUGAUUGUCAAAAAUAUGUUGGCCUCCGAUUUAGAAUUACAAUGGGCCCAGCAUCAGUUGUCAUUUGCAGAAGACAGUUCCAAAUUUGUACCGCCCUCUGCUUCUCGUGGUGUUCUCUAACUUCACUCCCAGAUGGCUUGGAUCAGAUGAAACGGGAGUACUGAGUCCCAUUGCUAUCACAGCUAGUUAUGGUCCCCAUCUCAUCUGAAAAUACCGCAGAGUGCAGAACCUCUGUAGGUUCUGUCGGAGGGCAAGGAUUUGUCCUCAGUGAAGUGAUUGCAAGGUGGAAAGGGGUAGGGAAGAGACGUGGCUGGUGGUGGGAUCUCGUUGCAGCUGGCGGAAACUUCAGAGGAAUGAUAUGCUGGAUACGGAGGCUUAUGGGGUGAAAGGUGAGGACCAGGGGAACUCUAUCUCUGUUCUAUCUGGAGGGAGGCAGGGUGAGAGCAGAAAUACAAGAAACAGAGGAGAUGAGGAAGCGGGUUCCAUCAACCACAGCAGAAGGGAACUGAAGGCCUUGUCUUGUGAGCAGAUGUGGCGGAGACGGAGAAACUGAGAGAAAGGAAUGGCAUCCUUACAAGAGACAUGGUAGGAAGAGGAGUGGUUUAAGUAACUGUGGGAGUCGAUGGGUUUAUAAUAAAUAUCAGUGGACGGUUUGUCUCCUGAGAUGGAGACAGAAAGGUCGAGAAAAGGGAGAGAAGUGCCGGAAAUGGUCCAUGUGAAUUUGAGAAGUGGAAGUUAGUCGUGAAGGUGAUAAGUUCGAUGACUUCUGCACUGGUGCAGAAAGCAACACCAGUGCAGUGAUCAAUCUAAGGAUUUGUCCAUCAAUGUAAGGAUUUCCUUGCAGAUGGUAGGUUAUACUCCCCACCCUGUUCUGAAAAUAUAGGCCCAGACUCUUCUUCAAUCAAGUGGGAUUUCCCCAAAGAAGGUAGGAUCUUGCUGUGCCAAGAUUGCAGCCAUUCUCUGUGCUGUUUCACUUGGGCUAUGGCUCGGGGCUGGUGGGGUGACCAGGGAAAAUUCAGGCCCUUUACGUUCAGAAAAUACCCCCACACCGUAAACACUGGAAACAUCAGACACACCUAAAUAGCACAUAAAUAGGUGUGUGAUUUUCAGCGCAAUGUUACCCUCCUGCAUCAGUAAAAGUCCUUUGCAAAAGAAAAGCUUUGAAGUGAAUCAUUCCCAGAACUCACCACUGUUGUCAAGGACAACCUGAAAGAGGAAAGGCAUCUCCUGAUAAAUUGGAGAUCAAAGCAAAGAGAAGCUUGAAUCUUGUCGUAUGACUAAUGAUUCUAGUUUCCACAGGUGGCAAGGUAGUGCGACUAAAAAUUUUGAUUAAAAAACUAUCAGAGUAUCUGGUAAGGCUGGACAAUCAGAGACUUCCAAUUUAGACAAAAGGGCUUGGGGGUUGGAAGGUGUUGCCAAUGAACAGAAUUGGACAAUAAUUCCUCUGCUUGUUCCUUGUCGUGAUUUUCUGGAGACAUUCAUCAAGGUUAUUUUGCUUGUAAUUCUGCUGGAAUUGGUUGUAAUUCUGCUGGAAUUGGUUGUAAUUCUGCUGGAAUUGGUUGUAAUUCUGCUGGACUUGGGAGUGUGUUGGAUAAGAAUAUGAGAAAUCACAAUCCCUUUUAUUACUGCUGUGACUCAAGUGUGCUGGGGUCCAUAAAUCUGAGUCUACACACACACACACACACACUUAAUUUUACAGGGUUCACAUUGUUAAAGUCAAAGUCGAGUUUAUUGUCACAUGCACAAGUCCAUGUGUGCACAGGUGCAAGGAAAAACUUACUUGAAGCAGCAUCACAGGCACAGAGCAUAUAAGCAGCAUUCACAAGAUAAAAUAAAUUAAACAUAAAUUAAACAAUUUUUACAAGAAAGAACACAAUUAGAAUUUUAAAAAAAACAAGGUCCAUUUUAGUGUAAAAUUAUCAAAGUGGUCAUAGUGUUGCUACACUGAGGUAGUGAUUAACGUUGUGCCAGUUGGUUCAAGAACCGUAUGGUUAAGGGGAAGUAGCUGUUCUUGAACCUUUUGGUAGUGUGGGACUUCUGUACCUCCUGCCCGAUGGGAGCUGCGAGAAGAUGGCAUGGCCCGGAUGGUGGGGAUCUUUGAUGAUGGAUGUUGCUUUCUUGAGGCAGCGCCUCCUGAUGGUGGGGAGGGAUGUGCCCUUGAUGUAUCGGGCUGAGUCCACUACUCUCUGCAGCUUCUUACAUUCCUGCACAUUAGAAUUGCUGUACCAGACCCCGAUGCAACCAGUCAGGAUACUUUCAACAGUGCAAUGUGCUUGUGCAUCCAUAACAAGUACAUUUUUAGGUUGAUUAUUGGGGUGAGUCCUGCUUGCCCCUCCUUCCCCUCCACUCAAACAUGUGCUUGGACUGAAUCCCAAUUCCGAAAGUUUUAAAAAGUGCUGUAAAUUUGUACUUAAGGAAACUGUCAGAAAUGCUAAGAAGGCGAGGCAUCGUACAGAGGGCAGAGCUCCACUCAAUUUAUUGUGGGAUUUGCCCUCUCAAACUUCAAAGUGUUGCUACUCAUUUUUAAGAGUAAUAAUAUUAGGCUCCCCUUCCCUCCAGCAAUUGAAAAUUUAUCUUUAUUGGGAACAAGUAAAAAACAGGACAGAUACCACGGGUUUGGGAAGGGUAUACUUUAUCCCAACACUCUUUAUCAAAAUGUCAGGAGUGGGAAUUAAUGGACAUUUGGCCAGUGGUCAAAAGUCAUACAUCUGGGUAAGGAAGAGUCUGCGGUUGCUGUUGGGAAGGUGGGGCACUAUGAAGAUUGUCAUUCCAGGUAACCAAUGGAGAUGGAGUUAAGGGCUAUGGCAAUUAGAGGGAGGAACCAAUGUGAUGGGACUUCUUGGAAUCAAUCAAACAGAAUAGCAACCCCAAGUAAUGUGGAGACCCUCAAAUGCCAGCAAAAGAAAAAAUAGCCUGUUGAAGUAUUCUUGAGGAAAGUUCUUUUGAUUUAGUAUGUAACGCAUAGAACAAUCCUCAAGUAGACUGUAUUAGCAAAGCAAUGCCAUAUUUACUUGUUAAGUCUCCAACCUGUUGCUGCAAAACUGUUAUGUAUUUGAGAAGCAGACACAUCACAUGACUCUGCUGUUUCAUCAGAAUUAAAAUAGAAAUGAAUACUGAAAAAAGUCGAAGAGAAGUGCUUAAAGAUAUAUUACCCAGUACUUUACAAAUUGAGGAGUGUGAGCAAUCAGGCACAACAGGUUAAUUUAGCUUAAUAACUAUGUAAUCCUUUGAGUGGUUGUGUUUGAGGAAAUCCCAUUGAAGGAACUACAUUCUGUCUUCUGUUUUCUGCAGCCCAAAUAGCCUGGAUUUUUCUUGUCCUUUCUUUUCUAUGCUUAAAGAACAAAGUCUAAACAUGUCACAUUUGCUGAGGGAUUUGAGAGAGUCAAGGUCUGCUCUUUGAAAGUCCAGCCUCAAAUUCUGAAUGUAGUUACUGGAUUUCCAUCAUAAUGUUUAAAAUAUGGAAGAAAGAAUGUGCUUGGUAAAACUGUUGUCCCUCAGUUUAGCUCCAGUUUGAGGCUCCACACCCUGGUUCCUAUUUCCACCCUCUCUCCUAUCUGUUCAUUCCACGUAAAGGUGAAUGGAUCUAACCCAGUGCCGGGACUCCUGCGUCAUAAUGUUCUUCAACCCCAUCUGUUUCCUGCACCAUUGCCCAUUCUCACCAAUGCUUAAAGUCUUAGCGUUGGCUUAGCAUCACACGGCACAGAAACAGUUCCUUCGGCCCAACACGUCCAUGCUGCCCUUGCACCUCUCUAACACUGAUCCCAUUGAUCUGUGCUUCACCCUGCAGCUGACCGCUGUCAGCCAUUCCUUGCCUAGUUGCUCCUUCACUCUGUCCGUCCUUGCUCCUGGUUCACCCUACACGGUCCGCCAGGCAACCACCCUUCCAGGUCCGCUUGAGCCACCCAACGGCUUCUCCCUUUCAGUCGGCCUGAGCUCGACCCUGCCUGGUCCGCCCGCAGUUUGCCAUAUCCUUUCCGGAUCACCCUGCUGCGUCUGUGCUUUCCCCUGCCGCCCGCCGCCUCGGCGCCCUCGAUUUUCGCCCUCGCUUCACACUGCCUUCUCAGACUGUUCAAGCUUCCCCCUCACCUGGUGCGCUGGCUGGCCACCCUGCACCUCUUCACUUUCCACGGUCCACUUCCAGUCACGCCACCCUUCCCUGCUUCACCCUGCGCCUGAUCACUGUCGCGCAUCCCUUGCUUAAGCUGCCCCUUCGCUCCGUCCAUCCCUAUCCCUGGUUCUCAUCCAUGACGUUGUCACAUCAAGGCUCUCCUUCUACACCGCCUCCCUGUCCCUGACCUCCCAAUCUCUGCAUCCUCCUUUUCAACCCCCUCGGUGAUAAUACAUGCCUCCUUCGCUUACAGGUCAAUGCUUUCCACUCUGCAUGAGUGGGAGAGCCAUCUGUCUUGACCGUUUCCCCAGGCAUCUGUUGCCCUAUUGUUCCCUGAAGGUGGUGAAGAAGGCUUUGAUCAUGCUGGCAUUCAUCAGUCACGGCAUUGAGUGUAGAAGUUGGGAUGUUAUGUUGCAGUUGUAGAAGACGUUGGUGAGGCUGCAGUUGGAAUAUUGUGUACAGCUUUGGUCAUUCUGAUAUAGGAAAGAUGGCAUUAAGCUGGAAAGUGUGCAGAAAAGGUUGCCAGGACUUGAGGGAUUGAGUUAUAGGGAGAGGUUGAGCAGGCUACUUCUACUUUAUUCAUAGGUGUGCUAGAGAAUGAGGGGUGACCUUAAAGAGGUGUAUAAAAUCAUGAGGGGCAUAGAUAGAGUCAAUGCACAUGUGUCUUUUUCCCAGGGUUGAGGAAAUCAAGAACUACAGGGCAUAGGUUUGAGAUGAGAGGGGAAAGAUUGAUAAAGGGCAACUUUUUCACCCAGAGGGUGGUCUACAUAUGGAAUGAGCUGCCAGAGCAAGUGGCUGAGACAGGUACAAAAACAACAUUUAAAAGUCACUUGGACAAGUACAUGGAUAUGGAAGGUUUAGAAGGGAUAUGGGCCAAAGGCGGGCAAAUGGGACCAGCUUAGACGGGCAUCUUGGUCAACAUGGACCGGUUGGGCUGAAGGGCCUGUUUCCAUGCUGUAUAACUCUUAUGUUAAAAGCCUUCUCAGGGUCUGUUGGUCUGGCCAUUGCUUCAGACCCUCCCCUUUACCCUCCCAUUACUCCACAAGGUCCCACAUCAGUGCUGUGUCCUUGGGGCAUUGUCUCUGUUAAAAUUACAAACACCACCGUUCUUUUCCUUCUGAAUAAUGUUUGCCAUUUGAUGGAAUUAUUCAUGGUUUUAGUUCUUUUUGUUGUCAGAAUACGACUGACUUGAUAACACUCCCCUGUAGGUGAUCCAUGAAUCAUUAAAUUAACCAUAAAUAACAUGAUGUUCGUUAUUUUCACAAUACAUGAGGUUCUGUAGGUUCUAUUAUUAACCAAUACGUCUCUGCCAGGUCUGUAAUGUCCCUGGUGUAUUUUCUUCUCCUUGCAUUAUGCACUUGCCUGAGGCAAUAAUGCCGUUUGUGGUGCUUAUUGCACAGGCCAGCUGAUUGGAGUUAUACUGACAGCUACACUUCACGUGCUGUCCAGUCACAAUCCAUUAGUAGGUCAAACCAAUGUCUCGGUCAUUGUCAAUACUCUGAAAGCAGACUGGUGAAAUGUUGACAUAAGAGACUGCAGAUGCUAGACUCUGGAGCAAUAAACAAGAUGCUGGAGGAACGCGACGGGUCAGGCAGCAUCUGUGGAGGGAAAUGGACAGUUGGCGUUUCGACCCGAAGGGUCUCAACCCAAAACAUCAACUGUCCAUCUGACCUGCUGAGUUCCUCCAGCUUCUUCUUUGUUACUGGUCAAAUGUUUCUCCUUACAGUACGAAAAUGGAUCUGAAAUAACUUUGAGGUAUCUGCAGGAUGUCUUGUGAUAUUUAAGGAUAUCAAGUACAGUUGGCUUUGGGCAAUCACCUUGUGUCCUCCCCAAGCACUGUGAAGGGACCCUCACACCUUCCAGCUGUAGUAAGCAGUAGACAGAGAUCGCACAUUACUGCAAGUUUGAGGGAGAUACCAAACUAUAUCCAAGGACUACUGACAAUGUUCUCUCUUGCCAGCUUACUGUGUCACAUCACUCAGAGGUGAAGUGUUUGGGUUUGAUGCUAAGGAUAUUUCACCCUUUUUCCCUUUCAUACCUAUGAACAUUAUAGGACUAUUUACCUUCAUGGGUCUUUAAUUUGUCUUGCUCUCUGUAAGCCAAAACAUUCAAGCUUUGUGCCACUUUGUGUUGUUUUCUCUUAUUCUCUUGUCAUCCUUUGCCUUGUCCGUCACUUGGCUGCCCCUCCAGAGACUUUCCAUUUAAAAGCAAGCACUGUGGGAGUUGCAGGUUUGGAUCUAAGGUUGACCUGUUGGUUGCUUUAUCCCAGACCGUCUACCAGCUGUACCUUUGAAGCAAAGUGGGAGCUCAAAACAACAUGAAGGUUACAUCAAGGUUUGAUCAAUUCCUCAGGAAAUAGUUCCCAGCACACUUUGUGUUUAAAUUCCUUGUCACACUGUUAUCAGGUCACCGACUAGCAUGUUGGCUCUGAGUCUCCAUCUUUGCCAUUCUAGUUGGAUGAACUGUUAAACUCAUACAGGCAGAAAUAUCAUAGGGACUGAAUUCAAACUGGGCAGAUGGAUGGAAGUUAAGAUGCAAGUCAACUAUGAUCUGACUGAACAGCAGAACAAGUUCAGGGGACUAAUGUCUUCCUCUGAUCCUACGUAUUCAUCCAGCGUACAGAUACCAGGGUACUGGGGAUGCUCAAUCCCCUGUAAUACCUUAUAUUGUCAUGCACACUGCAAGGUGAUCCUGCAGUCACUCAGCCAGAAGUACAGGGUGUAACUUAGAGAACCACGGUUGCAACCCAAUUUCCAACCCAGCAUUGAAUCCACAUUAGGAGUUCAGAAUCACACAAUUACAUUUAAUAUCCAAGGGCGAUGUGGGUGAAAAGAAUGAAAAUUUUUUUUUAAAAGAGAAGGAUAUAAUUUUUUGCUUAGCUGACAAUCUUUGUGGAAGGGUAUUUUAUGCAGAUAUAUUUAUUUUAAGGCAGAGUGUUAGAAAUAAGCAGAGUGAUGGGAAAUGGAAAUAAUGCUCUUCAUCCCUGGUAUUUAUGUUGAGCUUGACGAGAAUGAGGAUUUCCUGAUCUUUUUGAUUGUUCCCCACUUAAGGAAGAUGAAGGACAUGGACGAAGAAGUAUAAAACAGUCACUCUGCAUUAACCUGUGUUGAGGGGUAGCAGGAACUGUGAGUGCAUUGUGUAGAAUUAACCCUUUGCAGAGUAAUGAGGCACCGUGCAGAAUGGUUGACAUCUGUUGGAGUCUCCGUUCUUGCCUGCCACACUCAAAGGCAUGGGUUUGAGCCCAACUUGGAAGCCGAGAAAACUGCUUUACUCAUGCCAGGGUUACUAUUGACCACUACCUUAACUUGAUCACCACUCUUAGCAGUGUGGAGGAACAAAGGGAUCUUGGGAUCCACGUCCAUCAAUCCCUCAAGGUUGCCACGCAGGUUGAUAGGGUUGUUAAGAAGGCGUAUGGAGUGUUGGCCUUCAUUCGUCGGGGUAUUGAGUUCAAGAGCUGCAAGGUAAUGUUGCAGCUCUAUAGAACUCUGGUCAGAACCACACUUGGAGUAUUGUGUUCCGUUCUGGUCGCCUCAUUAUAGGAAGGAUGUGGAAGCUUUAGAGAGGGUGCAGAGGAGAUUUACCAGGAUAUUGCCUGGAUUGGAGAGCUUGUCUUAUGAGGAUAGGUUGAGCGAGCUAGGGCUUUCCUCUUUGGAGAGAAGGAGGAGAAAAGGUGACUUGAUAGAGGUGUACAAGAUGAUAGGAGGCAUAGAUCGAGUGGACAGUCAGAGACUUUUUCCCAGUGCGACAAUGGCUAACACGAGGGGACAUAAUUUUAAGGUGGUUGGAGGAAGGUAUAAGGGGGAUGUCAGGGGUAAGUUUUUUACACAGAGAGUGGUGGGUGUGUGGAACGUACUGCCUGUAGAGGUUGUGGGGGCAGAUACAUUAGGGACAUUUAAGACACUCUUAGAUAGACACAUGAAUGAUAGAGAAAUGGAGGGCUAUGUGGGAGGGAAAAGUUAGGCAGAUCUUAGAGCAGGAUAAAAUGUCAGAACAACAUUGUGGCCCAAAGGGCCUGUACUGUGCUGUAGUGUUCAAUGUUCUAUGUAGAACCCACUCAGCGAUGGGGUAGGGAAGGGUUGGAAAGUGGGUUCGGGUUUGUGACACCUGGACCAUUGUUAACAAACACUUCUAACAGCUGGGCAGGUGGGAGUUAGGAAGUGUUUAUUAACAAUGAUUCAGGCGUCACAAGGGUGGGGCAAGCUCAGUUAAUUGGUUUUCUCCCGACCAUCAGUUAUACAGCUUCAUGUCUAAUACUGGAAGUGGGAAACAGUGAGUGUAAGGUUAUUGGCCUUCUGAGUUUAUAACUCAGACUAAAUCCUUAUGCCAGCCUUUCUCUUAAACUCUGCUUGAUCCAUAUUGACGCUAUGUUUGAGGAGGUUAUGGUUGCAUCAGGUUGAAAUUCCAUUAAAAUCCUACAUCGCAAGCAUAGUGGGUGGUACUGUGAUCCAAUGGGUGGUGUCGCUGCUGCACAAUUCCUGCCACCCCAGUUCGAUCCUGCCCUCGGCUGCUGUCUGUGUGGAGUUUGCAUGUUCUUCCUGUGACUGUGUGGGUUGCCCCUGGGUACUCCAGUUUAUUCCUAGAUUCUAAAGGUGCGUGAGUUACCAGGUGAAUUAGCUCCAGUGAAUUACCCCCAGUGGUAGGAGAGUCAGGGUGGACUUGAUGAAUGUAUAGGAAUGAAAAGGUUAUGGGAAAAUGAGUGGGGGGACUGAGAUAGAUAGGAUUUUCCUGUGAGCCAACUGUCCCCCGACUGGGUAUAAGAAGAUAAAACAAAUAAGUAAAAUAUAGAAAAAUAGCCAGAAAUAGCAGGAAAUUCUGACUGAAGGUUAACACUACCUUCAAGUUCAACUUUAUUGUCAUGGGCAACAUACCCAAGGUAUAAAUGCCAUGAAAAUUUACCUGUGUAACUGUGCAGGAGAGGAUGUACUGCUGGGAUUAGAAAGCUCCAAAUGAUGCCCUGCAUUAAACAAGGUCAGAAGCCCAGUGUAGUUUAUAAGCCUCCCAAGAAGCAACAUCACCAGCAUAGACAUGGAUGGGUACCAGAUACCAGCUUUGCCAAUGAUGCCCAACCAAUGGGAAUGAGUCAAGAGUUCAUCUCAUAACACAAGAGGUCCGUUCAAUAGUCUUAUAACAGAGGGAUAAAAGCUGUCCUUGAGCCUAGUGGUAGGUGC